AACGCAGCGCUCACAGGCAAGCGAAGCAAUACAUAUUUUCCCGACCCAGAGGCGAACCGAGCACAACGCAUCGCGAAGCUGUCGUCCCUGCCUUGUGUGCCGUGUGCUGUGCAGUGUGUGCAAAACAUGAUUAUGCUGCGAGCGUGAAAAUUGUGAUAAUGCAACGUUCUAAAAUUAUCAAUCAAAACUUUGCGUGCUACUAGGUCCCCGCUCCCUCCCCCCACCCCAGAGUCUCGUGUUGCCCCCGGAACACACCGCGUGUUUCUCGGCGCUCUCCCACAAUCCCUUCUCGGUUCUCCCUAACUGUGUCUCUCUGUGAUUGUGUGUGUGUGUGUGUAUGUGACGGUCGUGUUGUGUCGGCGUUGUGGCAGCAGCAACGCGGAAUAAACGCGGGGCUGGAAAGAAAAAAAAAAGCAAACCCCAACAACAACAACAACAACAACAACAACAACAGCAACAGCAAAACCGUACGGGCCUCACGGGACCUCCAAACCGAAAAAACCGCGUCCGGUAAAGCGCGCGGCUCCCCUACCGGCGGCGGCAGCCCGCCCAGCACAAACCAGCGCAACAUGAAUACCAGUGCAACAACCAACACCAACAACAAGAUCAACAUAAGCAAUAACAAUGCUAUCAAUGAUAAAAGCAACACAACCGCCAGCUACCAAUCGUCGUCCGCAAUGCUGCUGAGCACGCCGCCGAGGCGCGGCACGAAGCGCAAAAUCGCGUCAGUCGCCAAUGGAAAUUCUCCAGCUAUCCGAAAGCGGCGCAAACUGCAACACUCGUCCAAGGCGGGCGAGUCCCGGCUGGAGCAGGUGCCGCAGACCAAAAACACGGUCGCCGUGCUGAACGAGCUGAAGCGCAAUCUCGUCUACAAGGUGGAAUCGCAGACCGGACCCGUCCAUGCGCCGAUCUUUACGAUAUCGGUAGUGGUCGAUGGGCAAAAGUUCGUCGGCACCGGGCCGAGCAAAAAGUUGGCGCGCGUGGCCGCGGCCGCCUCCGCGCUGCGCAGCUUCAUCCAGUUCAAAGACGGCGCGACGCUGACGCCGAUCGAGCCGCUGCAGAACGUGGACUUUACCAGCGACGAUCCGAUGAUCGAGAACAGCAUCUUCCCGCUGUCGGAUGCGGUCGUCGGGCCCGGCGUACCGCAGGAGAAGGUGGCGGGCGCUCCCGUUGCCACCGGCGGCUCCUGCGGCGGCAAGCCGGCCGCCGUGCCUGAAAGCGCCACCGUCAAUUCGAACCACUCGCUACACAGUAACAACAGCAGCAACAGCAGCAACAACACCAGCAAAACCCCAUACAGCAGUAGCGGCUGCAUUAACAACAACAACAACAACAACAACAACAGCGGUGCAAACAGGGCGGCUGCUGCUGCUGGUGUCGCUGCCACCAACAACAGCCGCCAGUGCGACAUUAGCGGCAACAACACGACGGUACAUUCUAACAGCCACACUACCACGAACAACAGCAACACCGCCAACAGCAGUCACAGUAGCGCGAUCGGGCCGACCGCCAACAGCAACGGCAGCAACUGGCACCGGAAGGACGCGGCGGCCACUGCUGCUGCGGCUGACGGUGAGAAGCAGCAGCAGCAGCAGCAGCAGCAGCACCAUCAUCACCAUCACCAGUCGGCGCAGGAUAAGCCGUCGGCGGUAGGAACGGUCAGCAACCACAACCACAACAACAAUGCUAAUGCGAGCGUUCGAACGGCCCCUGCAGCGGCAUCCAGUAUCGUUACCAACAUUGCAGCUACUGGAACCACUUACAACGACAGUUACGAACAGUAUAUCGGCGUUAGUGCUGGCGGUACUACUACUACUACUACUACUACCACUGCCACCGCUUCUUCCACCAUCACCACCACCACCGGUACCGACCCGAAAACUUCCAACGCCGCCAUCAGCCGUCCCCCCGCAGGUCUGGCCACCUUUCCCACCGUCCCUUCCCUUCCACCAACACCUUCUUCCCCCCGUCCUGCCGCCCCGGGUAGCACGAACCACCCGCUCGCCGGUACCGCCGCCACCACCCACAACAACACCAUCUCCUCCUCCCCACUCACCCACCAACAUGCCAAUACUGGCAAUCAUAAUACUGCUGCUGCCACCGUCGCCACCACCACCAGCACCGCCAUCCUGAUGCUGCCGCUGGCCGGCUACGUCAUGGCAUCGGGUCCGCGGUCGGGCAACCCACUGUUGGGGAAACCGGUCUGCACCACUGCCGCUGCUAGCACGAUGCCGCUCCGACCGGACCGGGCGCGGGACGCGAAACCGAACGAGCCGGCGGCACCGUACCGAAAGCUGAAGGCGAAAUCCGGCAAGGCGGCCCUGUCCGCGGCGAGCGAUUUCCAUCGCUUCGUCAACUACAUACAGUACGAUACGUUCGCGCUGAACGGCUCCAAGAAGCAACAGCAGCAGCAGCAGCAGCAUCAGAACCAUCCCCAUCAGCACCACCACCAUCACCAUAACAGCCACCACAACUAUUUUAACAAGUUUGGCAACUUUGACACCUCACCCAUCAAUUCCUACCACCUGUCCCUAGUACGUAGUGACGCCACGAAACUAAGCACUGCCGCGAACAGCAAGGCAAACGGGAAGGACGGGCUGGCGAAACACAUUUCCACCAGUGCCGGUGGUGGCGGCGGUGGCGGCAGUGGCGGGGCUGGCGGCACUAGCAACAACAGCAACAGCCACAACACCAUUACCAGUACAAGUACCCCCACCACCACCACCACCAUCCUGCCUUCCACUACUAACUCGAUCGCGAACGGGAGCACUAAUCCCGCCGCCGCGGCCAUUGUGAUCGUUACUUCGGCCUCCCCCACUACCACCACUGCCCUGGCGGCCAGCAGUACCGGGGGCGGGGGCGACAAGGGUUACGUGCGCGACGGUCCCGGCGCGAACCACCACCACCACCACCAUCACCACAACCACCAUACGGUUAGCUAUCCCUUUCCCAACACUACAGCCAUCCCGCCCGCCCUAACGAGUCCUUACGCACAGAACGGUCAUCGGCAAGUGGUUGAAAAAAUUCAGCAAAGCUUAAACUUAUUUAAAAAUACCAAUGAAAAGGCUCUAGCAUGGAAGAAACGGUUCGAAAAGCUGAAGGUGUCGUCGGGCAGCACGCUGCGCAACAGCGGGAACGUGGCGGCCGGCCACCAUCCGAAACCGCAGCCGGAGAAGGGACCGGUGAUGCUGCUGCACGAGCUCUUCACCGACGCCCACUUCGAGUGCGUCUCGUCCGACGGGCUGCAGCACUCGAAAUUCACCGUCGUCGUUACGGUGAACGAUAAUCAGCGGUUCGAGGGGACGGGCCCGUCCAAGAAGAUGGCGAAGAAUGCGGCCGCCAAGGCGGCGCUCGCCUCGAUCUGCAACAUCUCGUUCAGCCCGCUGCAGCAGUCCAAGUUUGGGCUGAUAUCGGCCGGCACGAGCAACGGCUCGAUCGGCGGCCCGAGCGGUGUCGCGCUGAACGGCGACAACAGCUUCACGCAGAACAAAAACUUCGAGCUGCCGCAAACGUUCGCGGACGCGGUGGGCAAACUGGUGAUCGAAAAGUUCAACGAGGUGAUGAAGGGCAGCGACGUGUACAGCCGGCGCAAGGUGCUGGCCGGGUUCGUGAUGACCCACGGGUACGACAUCAAGACGGCGCGCGUGAUAUCGCUAGCGACCGGCACCAAGUGCGUCAGCGGCGAGCACAUGAGCGUGACCGGCUCGGUUAUAAAUGAUUCCCACGCGGAAAUUAUCGCGCGUCGCGGCUUGAUGGACUUCUUCUACAGUCAGCUCGAUCUGCUCUGCCAGCAACAGCAGCAGCAAGCGGGCACGGUGACGGCAGAGGAGGAAUCGGCAUCGUCGGUCCCCCCGGCGGCCCACGACGGCACGGCCACAGCAGCAGCAGCAGCAGCAGCAGCAGCAGCAGCAGCGGCGCCAGUGGUGGCAGUGCCGUCCGGGGGGCAGGAGGCGGACCCGAACGCGCCCGACCGGCAGGCACGCCAGGAAAUCAUUUUUAACACGCCCAAAGACGGUUCGAACCUGUACACGCUGAAGGACGGCAUCUACUUCCAUCUGUACAUCAACACGGCACCGUGCGGCGAUGCGCGCGUCUUCAGCCCGCACGAAAACGACAGCAUGGACGUGGACAAGCAUCCGAAUCGGAAAGCGCGCGGCCAGCUCCGUACGAAGGUCGAGUCGGGCGAGGGCACGAUACCGGUCAAGAGCAGCGAUGGCAUCCAGACCUGGGACGGUGUGCUGCAGGGUCAGCGACUGCUGACCAUGUCCUGCUCGGACAAAAUUUCCCGCUGGAACGUGCUGGGUCUGCAGGGUUCGCUGCUCGCGUCCAUCAUCGAGCCGAUCUAUCUGCAUUCGAUCGUGCUGGGCAGCCUGCUGCAUCCGGCGCACAUGUAUCGAGCCAUCUGUGGCAGGAUAGAGAGCGCAAUCCAAGGGCUUCCCCCUCCGUACCGUUUGAACAAACCGAAGCUGGCGCUGAUGACGUCCGCCGAGUCGCGCAAUCAAACGAAACCGCCCAACUUUAGUAUUAACUGGAUCACGAACGGUACCGAGGUGGAGAUCGUCAACUCGUUCACCGGCAAGCUGAUCAACAACAACACCAACACGAACAAAAUGUCCCGCCUGUCGAAGCAGUCGUUCUACCAGCGCUACUCGACCGUGAUCGCCGGCCUGCCCGGCAUACCGCUGCGCGAGGUGAAGCCGACCUACUUCGAGACGAAGAUGUCGGUCGCCGAGUACCAGCAGGCGAAGCGCGAACUGUUUGCCGCGUUCAGCAAGGAGGAUCUCGGCGAGUGGCUGAAGAAACCGAUCGAGCAGGACCAGUUCACGCUGAUCGUGGCGAAGGAGUGCAGCGAGCUCGGGCCGCAGCAAGCGCUGCCGCAGCAGGCACAGCAGCCGCAGCCGCCACCGUACGCUAACCAACCCCAAACAGUGCCAAUGCCAGCGGACGCAAAUACCGCCGCCGUGGGCAACGUUGCUUCCAUUGGAAAUAGCUCCAAAUGACAUCAUGUCAAGUACUCCUCCAGCAAGCGCAACUACGCGUCGAUCGGCUACAGCGACAACACUAGCGCUAGCAACACUUCCGUAGAGCGUAACAACAAUUCUAGCAGUUCUUCAGGUAGUUAGUUUAAGCGACGCUAACGUGGGCGGCGGCAUGUGCUUGGUCUGGUUUUGUUGCUGUUUUUGUGAUGCGAAAAACAACGGAGGGAAAACGAGGGGCUUGAAAUGAGCGAAGGCGUUAUAGCAGGGGGGAGGGAGAGAGACAGAGAUAGAGAGAGAAGGGCGUCUUACAAAAUUUUGGGGGAUAACUAUUAUCAUCUUUUGACUGCUUAUUUUUUACUAUUCAGUUUUUUUGUUCUCAUAAACCAGUUUUGUAUGGUUUUAGUAUUUCCAAUUGGGAUUUCAAAGUUGCAGGCAAUCUAGUUUUUAGAAUACAGCGUAUUCUAUUUUGAUUUUUUUUGAAUUCUAUUAGUAAACUCCACAGCGCACUUUUGCUUUGUGGCGAAAAUGGCAUCCCCCAGCAUCGAAUACGGUUUAGAAUGAUUUAAGUUUGAAAUUUGAAUUCUUUUGUUGAGUUUGUGUCGUGCAAACAGCAACCCCAAGGGAAGGUGAAUUUUUCUACAGAAAAAAGAGAAAAUGAAAAUGACAGAAAUUCGUGUGAAUAAAAAACCUCUCUAGCAAGAGGAAAAAUAGGCAUUAGGAUUGGGUAGAGUAGGAAAAAACAAAUAGCAUUACACAGUUUGGUGAACAAAAAAAAUGAAAAAGCUAGCAUCGUUUGCUUGUCUGUAAAUUUGUGCGCCCCGCGUUUGGAAUGGGGUUGCAAUACUAUGAGACUGGUUGUAGUUUCUCUACUAUCGUUUAAUUGGUAUUUUUAGAGCGUUUGAAAUAUUAGCGUUUUUUUUUUAAUUGCAUUAGAUUUGGCUGUCGUGGCUUGUGUAUUAUCGUUUGCUGCGGGGUGGGGGGGGGGGGGGGAGUUUUGUUUUGUUUUUUUUUUGUUGUUGCUUGUGCAGCUGUUUCGAUUCAUUGCGAACACCUUCCGCCCGUAAGCGUUUAACGCCUCUGCGGGUGGAUGUGUGAUGUGGUUUGAUCCGCUGUACAGCCACCAGAUCGUGGACCAUCUGCACACACACACACGCACACACUCACACACAUAUGUACAUAUAUGCCUUUGCUUGCCGGUAACAGUGAGGGAAACGGAACCUCCUCCCUCCCAGCAAACAGAUUUCAUUUCUUUACGAACGACGAUCUCAUAUUUGAUUUUAUGUUGUACUAGAUCUAUCUUCGCUUUCUCAAAAUUUCAUAACGUACACAGCAUACAGAAGGGGGAGGGCACAGACGGCACGAACAAAGGUGGGGCACAGCGACCACACCUCCUCUUCCACUUGCAACCAACCCUUAUUUCAUACUGGUAUACACACACACACACAUACAAAAACAUAUUUACAUAUAAUGCUAAUGCUCAAGCACAGCAAACAUUUACAGGCACACAUUUUAAAGGGGAACAAUAUUGCGAGCAAAGAAUACUCGAUACUGUGUGUGUGUGUGUAUUUUAAAGCCCUUUCCUCCUUCUUUCGUUGUCACGCAUUUCAUUUUACACAUAUCCACACGUUCAAAGUAUUGAGACACCGAUAUUGGUUUAUCGAAUUUAUUAGAUCCAUUUUUUACUAGACAUACUGGAUUGCAUAGUAAAUUAUUUAUUUCCCUUUCGCGUUCACACGGAAAACAAAAUUAUCCUUAUUCGAAAUAAUAAUAAGAAUAACAAUAAUAAUAACAGUAAUAAUAAUAAUAAUAAUAAGGCAAUAAGGUUGUGUUACAUAGUUAUUAAAAGAGGCAACAUUACACUAUACUUCAGACAAGCGAGUUAUAUUAACAUUACGACUAUAUAAACCUAUUGCAUUAGUAGAGUCCCUGCCGGGUCCCACCCGGGCAAAGGGUGUUAGCAUAGUUUGUUCGGUUCUUGCCCAAUAUUUGAACAACAUUAGUAUAGUUUGAAUUGCACGCCUGUUCCAAAGCUCUGUUUGAGUGGAGCAGGAUCGUGUACUGUUCGCGGGCGUGUUUCAUUUAACCAUACAAACUAGAAGCCAACCAAGACGGAACCACUGUCUCCGGGGCUGCACGAUUGUUUUGGUAAGCACGACAUGUGUUUGGUUUCUAUUGGUAAAAUACUGCAUUCGGACAGUUUUUACCCUAUCGAGAAUUGUUGCUAAAUUGAGUAACGCCUCUCCCACUCUGUCCUGACCAUGUUCGGUCACAAUCGGUACGUUUGUCCAACGCUGUUGAAUGUUUGUUUACUUUUCUCGUCAGUCUUUUUCAAUCGUGCGUAAUCUAAACCUAGCCGAAAAGCGAAGGUGCAGCAUUGUCCUACCUAUAUACACGAGCAAAUGCAAAUAGUAUGAUAAACUAGUAGCUAUAGAUAGACACGUUUGUUUUUUUUUUAGCGUUAUUAGCAACUAACAAACAGUUGCGGGGUGGAAACAAGUGUUGCGAACGAACAGGUGUGUUACAUUGCACAGGUGUGCAAGUGAAGAGAGGGUUGAUUUUUAAACAAGCCCCGGAAAAAGGAUGACAAACAUGCAAAAGAAGCAUACAAGACAAACGCUCAUACACCGGCAGAUAUUCGCUGUGAGGAGGGGGUUACAGUUUAAUAGCGAUUGUGAUUUUCGUAAUCAUAAUUUUACACGCCCCAUAGCGUCCAGGGUGCUAUGGCUAAAAUCUAAGACGACCUGCACAUUAACUAGCCCUGUGUGUUAUUAAAGCGAUUCAAGCUCUACCAAGCACACGUUUCGAUUGUUUUCGAGUUUCGGGUUGUGUUUAGCGCGGUACUAACGUACCCCUCGGUAUUAGCAGUGUGUGUUCUCUACCUUACCCAGGAGUUUCGUAAAUAUUUAAAUCUGGAACAGUAAAAAAAAAGGGAAACCCAUUGCAUCACAUUAGAACGGGAGACAAAUACAGUGAAAUCUCUCUAAGGCGAAUCUUGAAGAGGGACCGUUUUCUGAUUGAUUUAAUUAAAAUGCUGCUACCACGGGCAAUCCACGUGAUGCAUCUUUUGAUCAAUUUGUUUGUGAACUGUCAUGCAAACAUUCGUCUUUAGAGAAUUUAGGCGGCCAAAUCGCAUAUGCAGCUUAGAGGAUAAUCGCCUUAUGGGCAAACAUUGAUCUUGAAGAGACAUAAAAAGAGACAUAACCGUCAAAAUGUUCAUCUUAAAGAAACAAUUCAUCUUAGAGAGAUUUCACUGUACCGCCAACUCAGAGUAUUCUCACUCUCUCUCUCUCUAUCUAGCCAGUUUUAUCUAGCGCGUUUGUAGUAGUUGAAUUGCGCGGCGGUUGGUGUUUGUUUUGUUUGGUUUUGCAAUUGACCAUACUGCACCUGGGUGGGAAAUCAUGUGCUCUGUGCAUUUUAAAGCGAAAAGCAAACAAUGCGUGUUGCUUGAGAUCGAGAAAAACAAAUUAGCAAAAAAAAAAAAGAAAAGAAAAAUCAAAUGGAUUAGGAAUUUUAAUUGGUGAGCUGCAGCAGGAGCAGAGUUUAGUGCAGUGUUGUCGCGGCAAGAAGUUGUGCAGCAGAAACUUGGUUCAAUUUUAAAUCACAUCUUGGCACAUACGUGUGUGUGUGUGUAUGUGUAUAUAUAUAUGUGUGUGUGUGGGUGUGUUUUUGUGGGUGAUUAAAAUGUCAAUUAAUUGCCGCACGCAUGAACAGCUCUCUCACAACAGUUCACAAUUUACAACUUUCCCCAUUCAGUCCUUGCGUCUCCCCUAAGGCACUAUCUACUUCCCUCCUCUACCGGCUCAACCCUUUCAAGCAAAUUGUUGCAAAAGAGAUAAGAAAACACACACACACACACACACACACACACACACACACACACACACACACACACACACACACACACACACACACACACACACAACACCAAGCAACACCAUCUGUUCGAAACUUUAUGUGAUACAUUGCUUGUAUUGUUUCUCGAACAAACAAAUACGUAUUUUUUAGUGUAAGUUGCAUUACAAGUAAUCUCUCCUUUGCCCCUCCCCAAAAGCGCUGUAUGAUUUGUACAAAAGAAGCAACAACAAAAAAACAAACAAACUAUUACGUAAAUAGUUAUACCGUGUUUUGCUCGCUAUGUUGAGUUGAAUUGGCGAAUAGAGAGCCAGCAAAACAAACGAACCGAUAUAAUAAUCAGCCACUCAGCAUACGGGAAUAGGGAAGUGAUCAAAACUUGCAAUUCUGCUCACACAGACACACAAACAUGCAUACACAUAUAUAGACACAGGCAUAGAAUGAUAGUAAGGCGCUCACAACAUGGGAAAAUGAAAAUGACUUUUUACAUUUACUACAGCAAAACAAACAAACAAAAAAACUAGCUUGUAAGCUGCACCGAGCGUCUAGGGUGUGUGAUAUGAUAAUAGAGACGUUUUUGUUUUGUUGCAUGGUUGAAAAAUGGGGGAAGUCACCACCCACCACUCGACAAGGAAGAGACGGGGGAAGCAGAGAGCACCCGGAAGUAAAGACCGCACAUGAAAGUAUGGUUUAUUUGAACUGAUUUAACCUGUACCGUGUGUGUAUAUACCCCGCUACCAACUCAGCACUCUCACACGUUUGCCCUGGAAGCAAUCUUUCCACGAACCGGCAUUCUAUAGGUUAUCGGCGUGUUACUUAAUUAGCUAAACAAUGCAAACUGCAAAAAAAAACUACAAAACAAACAAACUAAAAGCAAUUUAUAUGACAAACGGUUUAUACUACCUACUUUGAAACAAAUGAGAUUAGGUUUUUUUUAUCUAGAACGGCAGUAGACAAGCAAAAUUAUUGAUUAUGUGCGUGUGCAAAAGUAAAAAAAAAAACACAAAGUAACGAAAAGCCAAUAUAUAUACCCCUUUAGUAGUUUAACAUAUUUGAUGAUAUUUGAAUUUGGCCAAUUUGAAUUUAUAUAUACACACAUGUGAUUUGUUUGAACGGAAUUAGUGGAACGAAACAAACGUCUAAGUUUUAACGGUUGUGCGCUUUGAUUACUAAGAAAACUCAUAAGAAAAUCAAACAUUGUGAAAUUGAAUUUGAUUACACCAACCACCACCACCACCACCAACCCCUUCGAAGAGAUAUGACAGGACAUCUAUAGGAGUUAAAACAAAAAAAAGUCAGCAAUACAGGGUUUCCUCGUGUUAGAUGAGCGCGUUAUCGAAAUUCGGUGGCAUGAAAUCCUUGGCAUGGCAUGGCAAUGACAUUAAAUGAAGAUGCCACAGAUAUACUUUAGAAGCAAGCGUUUUGGGGCGUGUGCCCUCACUGUCUGCAGGCAACGCGGGUGAGCUCCACCAGCCGUUACAGUGUUGGCAAUUUGUGUAACAAAAAAAAAAAAGAAAGAAAAAUAAUAAUUCAAACUUGUUGGUCGUUUGUUGGUUUGAAGUUAGGCAAAAACAAAACAAAAAAGGAACAAAUCACGCACACACGAACAAAUCUGUUUGCUAGAGAAUGUGUGUGCCUGUGUUUAGUUCAAAAGCCGGUGUGAUUGUUUGUUUCGUUCGAAUUUGAACGAUAAAAAGCAUACAAAAUUGAACAAUUGGAAUAAAUGCCCCCGCCCCGCGGCGAGGGCGCGUUUACAGCUACUAAAACAAAGCUGUGAAGGAACGGGUGGUUGGUAUUUUGGCACGCAACAAAGAGGCGACACUUUGACGCGGUAACGAAAGCAAUAACAAAGCUAAAACAAUAAUUGGCUGCACAUUUGGUUAGAACUUAGAAAGCGAUCUUUUGUUUUCUCAGGCCCCUCCCGUUCCGUACGUUGGCUGCAGGGUGCAGGAACUGUUUAGGGGGUUUGUUUUGGGUUUUGCAGGCGGUUAAAAAAAUCAACAAACUAUGUUGGACAAAAAAAAAACAAAAACGAUAACAACGUUACGGGGCAGUGGGGAUGAGAGCAGAGGAAGCAAUGUUAGUGAAUUUAUAUUUAUUAAAAAAAAAGAUACUUUUUUAAUCUAUUAUAUUAGCUGAAAACAAAAAAAAAGAGGAAACAACAAACCAAUGGACUUGAACAAUGGAUCACCGUGACAGUGACAGUUGUAUUUAACUAACGUUACAUUUCGUUCGAACGUUUUGUUUGUAUUGGUGGACAGGUGUAUGGAAAGUGGGAAUACUUCGUUGUUGUUAAAUGCUCCUUUUGUUUCUUUGGUUUGUUUUUUUUUGCAACUACAAAAUUGUAACAAUGUGCAUCACCCGCAUUAAUGGUGCACACAUGUUGCUUUAGCUAAACACAAUUUUGAGCAGAACGAAAAGCAAAAAAAAAGCCACGCAGCCAUCCUGCCCGACCUGGGCCGCAGCAAUAGACAAAGCAGCUCGUGCGACAACCGUUCAGUUAGUAACGCUCUCGGGUGCGUUAUCGUUACGUUACUGGUGCGUUAUAAUGUUUCUAAAAGUAUUAUUUUAGUAUCGCGUAACUCUCAACUCGUGUGGCGCAAAUGUGUAUGUUUCCAUUCACACCCUCACGGCAAUGUGCAAAGUAUCAGAUAGUAAAAGAAAGUGAGUGUGUGCAUAUGAGCAUAUGAAACAAAAGGGCAAUAGCGCUCAGGUACAUACAAGUGUCAGAUUAAACCAGAAUCCAGAUGUAAGGGAGAGCAAAACCAAAAAGAUAUCAGUGCCGUUUUACAGUCAACACCAUCUAUGUGCAUCUUAAAUAGAUUUGUAAGUAUCUCCAGUGGUCAUCCCCGCUCACAACCGCCUCCCCCCCCCCCCUUCUC